UUUUGGCCUCGACUUCAUCCAAAGCUCAGCCGCUACACCGCACACUCUCUCUCGCCAUGGCAUCCCUCUCUCCCGCCGAGAAAGACUACAUCGUCUCCGGCCUGCUCUCCGACCCGCCUCUGCGCGCGGACGGCCGCGCCCUGCUCUCCCCCCGCCCAAUCCACACCGAGUACGGCGUCAUGCCCGCCGCGAACGGGAGCGCGCGCGUGCGCGUCGGCGGCACGGAGGCCGUCGCGGGCGUGAAGCUCGACGUGACGGAGGUCCCGAAGGGGAGCUACGACGCCGGGGGCGAGUGGCGCGCGAAAGUCGAGGUCGACAUCACGCCACAAGCCUUGCCCGCGGCAGACAGCAAGACAUUGCAGACGCUGUCGGCGUCGUAUGCCGCCCUGCUGGCGGAGCACUUUGUGCCUUCGCUCCCGCCGCUCAAGAUCACUGAGACGCGCGCAUUCGUCCCCUCCCUCCAUGUUGCGUUGCUUUCGUGCGAUGGCGCCGUUGCGGCCGCGCUCGCGCUCGCGGCGCGCGCCGCACUCGCCGACCUCCAGGUGCCGAAUACGCGGGUGGUGGGUAUGGAGGAAGAGGCGGACGCAGAGACACAGGCCGACCUCGCCGGCAUCAAGGGCGCUAUUGCGGCGGGCCGCGCAGGGAAGGGCAAGGGCAAGGCGCGCGCGCGCGGCGGCGACGACUGGGAUAUCGAUGGCGAGGCCGCGCCGCUCGAGGGCCGCGAGACCCUGCCCGUGCUCGUUACGCUGAAUGUCGCCGGCGACAGGGAGUUCGUGGACGCGACGCUGCGCGAAGAAGCUGCUUGUCCUGCGCGCGUGCAUGUCUUUGUUCGGCCAGGGGGGCGGACAGCGGGGGUUCGGAUGGAAGGCGACGGCAGCCUUGCGACGGAGCGCAUUCGCCCCAUGUUGGAGGAAGCACGCCGGAUUGGCCUCGAACUCGCAGCGGCGCUCAAUGCCGACCUCCCAUAGCUGUGUGCCGCAUAGAUGCAUCCGUUUUU